AUGAAUAUAGACUCGACUUCAUUAAAUAAUAAUAAUAAUAAUAAUAGUAACAAUAAUUGUAGUAAUAGUAAAAACAGUAAUAGUUUAGAUAUUGAAAUAUACCCAAACAUAAAUAGACUUCAUCGAUAUAAUAGAAAUGACUCUAUUUAUAAUAAGAUAAAUAGUGAAAGAAAUAACACUCUGUUAAAACAAAAAUGCAUUUAUUUUCAGGACGAAAAGAAUAAAACAAAUCCAACAACAACAACAACAACAACAACUGCUACUACUACUACUACUACUACAACAGCAACUAGAAUAGCGGCAGAUAACAAUAAUGAAGAACUUAUAAAUACCAAUAUAAAAUCAAAGAUUAAACACAUAUGUACAUGUCCAAUCGAAUUCGAUAAUUUAGUAGAUUAUGAAAAUCAUUAUCAUAGUAUACAUAAGAAUUUUUGCACAAUUUGUAAAAAGAAAUCAUAUCCUACCUAUAAACUAUUAGAAUGUCAUAUUUUAGAAACUCAUGACAAAUUAUUUGAAACUUUAUGUUUAAAAAAAAAAAUGUUUGAGUGUUUUGUAUGUGACAGAGUAUUUUGGUCUGAUUAUUCAAGGAAAUUACAUUUAGUUGAUUAUCAUAAAUACCCAAAAGAUUUUUAUUUUCAUUCCAAACAAAGAUCAAAAGAAUUGGAUAAAAUUAGGUUAAAAGGUUUGGAAGUUGCAAAUAAUAACAAUAAUAAUAACAAACCAAAUAAUGAUGAAAAAACAAAUUCCGAUAAUAUGAUGGAACUUGAUCAAAUCAUUAUGGAUAUUGAAUCAUGUAAUACCAAAGAUUAA